AUGGCGUUUCAAACAAAACGCAGCCAAUACAUGGUGAUCAUCACCAUCCUGGUGUCAUACCUGAUAAUAGGCUGUAUGGGCACAAAGUCUAACUACAAACAGACCCAUGGUGCUCCAUGCGAUGAAGAUGAUGCUUGUAUUUCGGACAACUGUGGUAUUGGCGAUUUCUCGGCCAUUACUAACAAGGACAUAAAAUUGGCCCUAAAAGGCUACAAGGGCCCCAAGAACGAGAAGUUUAAGGGCUACUGUCUGCACCCGGACAGGGAGUCGUGUAUACCUAACGAGAUAAGAUGUUUUAAGGACAAGGACUGUUGCAGCAACAGGAGUUCCCCAUAUUUGACACGAAAUUUUAAUCACUGGUCUAAAAAGGGUGUUAAGGGUCCUAAACCUAUCCCAGGGUUUGGCAACAUUUUGAGCCCUUUCCUCACCGAACAGAUUAUCCUCGAAAAAGACUGGAUUAAAAAAUAUGGCAAAAUCUAUGGCACUUUCGAGGCCAAUAAACCCAUACUAACCAUCGCUGACCCGGCGCUCAUCAAACAGAUAAUGGCCACCGAUUCCCAUGUAUUCAACAUCAACGUGACGGAUCCCAUA